AUGACUGAGGAAGCCGCAGACACUGUCUUGGAAACCGGCGUGGAGACUCCAACAGCAUUAGCAUCAGAUGACAACGGACAACGUUCCGACAGCCCGGUGCUGCGAAACCGCGCCAAGCGGGCGUUUUUCCGUGUUUGGAUUCCAGAUCAAACCAGACCAGAGAUUCUCAACACCUCAAAACACGGCAUCUCCUCGUUAUGGUCUGAGAUUCAAUGCGACUACAAUGCCAUAACCGGUAUCCCUGCGAGAGAGACAUCCAUCAGAACGAACUUAAAGGAGCUUAGACAGUGCGACAGCGACAGCAACAGCGACGAACAAGGACAGGGUCGAGAACCCACCUUACCCCUGGAUUUGUGGAGCAGACAAGGAUCACUAGCGGGACACAAGUCAAUUUCGAGCUUCCAAGCAGUACAAGUCCGUUGCCAUGGUCUGUGCCCUCUGUUUCCCUUUUCCUCUUCCUCUCAGACAGAGUCUUUGACCCCGAGUUGA